AUGACAUUGCCCAGCAACUACUCCUCUGCUCCGGUCUCCGAAUUCCUCCUCAUCUGCUUCCCUAACUACCAGAGCUGGCAGCACUGGCUGUCCCUGCCCCUCAGCCUCCUCUUCCUCCUGGCCAUGGGGGCCAACGCCACCCUCCUGGUCACCAUCCGGCUGGAGGCCUCUCUGCACCAGCCCAUGUACUACCUGCUCAGCCUCCUCUCCCUGCUGGACAUGGUGCUCUGUCUCACCGUCAUCCCCAAGGUCCUGGCCAUCUUCUGGUUUGACCUCAGGGCCAUCAGCUUCUUUGCCUGCUUUCUUCAGAUGUUCAUCAUGAACAGCUUCCUUACCAUGGAGUCCUGCACCUUCAUGGUCAUGGCCUACGACCGCUAUGUGGCCAUCUGCCACCCUCUGAGGUACCCAUCCAUCAUCACUGACCAGUUUGUCGCCAGAGCCGCCAUCUUUGUUGUGGCCCGGAAUGGCCUGCUUUUUCUUCCUGUUCCCGUCCUUUCUUCGCGACUCAGAUACUGUGCAGAGAACGUCAUCCAGAACUGCAUCUGCACUAACCUCUCCGUGUCCAAGCUCUCCUGUGAUGACAUCACCUUCAAUCGGCUCUACCAGUUCGUGGCCGGCUGGACCCUUCUGGGCUCUGACCUCGUCCUUGUUGUCCUCUCUUACUCCUUCAUCCUGAAAGCUGUGCUGAGGCUCAGGGCUGAGGGAGCAGCCGCCAAGGCCCUGAGCACCUGUGGUUCCCACCUCAUCCUCAUCCUCUUCUUCAGCACGGUGCUGCUGGUCCUGGUCAUCACCAACCUGGCCAGGAGGAGGAUUCCCCCGGACGUCCCCAUCCUGCUCAACAUCCUGCACCACCUCAUCCCCCCAGCGCUGAACCCCAUUGUUUAUGGGGUGAGGACCAAGGAGGUCAAGCAGGGAAUCCAGAAGCUGCUGAGCAGGUUGUAA